UAACAUAUGAAGUUUUGUAUUUAUUGACAUUCGUUAUAUGUAAUGUUAGGUUUGUUUUGAUUUUCCUUGUAGUCGCGAACAAGUCUGCGUUUAUGUUUUAUUUGGAUUAUAAUAUUAUUUUAUAUUAAAUCAAUGAUAUUAGAAAUAAUUAAAAUGCUAAAAUGCUUCUAAGGCCCCAAACUGCGUAACAUAUCUAUUUUAUAUCUUUUCUGUGGUGUAUGAAAGCAAAGAAAAUGAUAAGCCACGUCAAUGUCUAUUCAAUUUCAGUUGAUAAGCAAUUGAAUUCUCUUACGAAUUAGUGACGGUAACCAAUGCAUGUUUCUUGACAGACUGUCAUUGUUCUGUCAAAUGUUCCGGGAGUUUUCAGUAAAUUUUUUGUACAAUGAAAUAUUUUGAAAAUUUUUUUGUAUAAAUUUGUUUCGUCGAAUAAUAUGGAGCACAAAGAAGACGAAAUAUCUUUAGAUUCUAGUGUUCCAGAAACGUUUACGGAAAUGUCAAUUCCUAUUGAAAAUCAUAACCUGAAACUUAGACGAAGAAAUGUAAUCGAAACCAUAAAUCUCGUAUCAAAGGAAGAGGAAACUUCUGAUUCCAAAAAUAAUAUACCUCUCGUAAGAAUGUCAGAUUCUACAAAAGCAUGGUACGAUGAUAUUAUACCACGAAUACCUGACAUCGCAAACUUUAGUUCGUCAGGUAAACAAAACGGAGUGUUGAAUCAUGAAGACGAUAACAGUUCAUUAGAAUAUAAUUUUGAUGAUACAGACAUAUUGACUAAUACAGAACGGAUCAAGAUAAGCGUUAUUCGAGGAAGCAUCGUUAAUCCAAAUUUGACAUUAGGAGAACUCAAACUACUUGGUUGCAGCAGUGAGGGUUUAGUUCAUGAUGAGAUACGAAGGAUUCUAUGGCCAAAACUAUUGCGACUCUCAGAAGAAAAUAAUUUUUCUAUAACUGGAUUAGAAACUAUACAUAAUCAUAUACCAAAUGAAGUCUACCAACAAAUUUUGAAGGAUGUUGCACGUAGUGGAAGUCAUAUCUCACAAAAUGCUACACAACAUGAAAUAGAUGACUUUCAUGAACAAUUGACUCAAAUAAUGUGUUGGGUUCUCCAUAAACAUUCUAUGCUAAAUUAUUACCAGGGUUAUAAUGAUAUAGCAGCAACUGUUCUUCUCGUCAUGGGCUUAGAAAAAGGUUUGCAUGUACUUGAGAGCAUUUCUUUAGAAUUUCUUGAAAGAUUUAUGGAGAAGACAAUGGAAAAAGUAAAUCAAGAAUUAUUUUAUAUAUUUGCACUUUUAGAAAGAGUACAUCCCACUUUAUUAGAACAUUUGGAAAAUGUAGAAUUAUUUCCACAUUUUGCAUUGGCUGAAUAUACAACAUGGUAUGCGCACAAAUAUGCAGAAAAUAGAAAGCUGCUACACAGAUUAUUUGAUUAUUUUCUUGGUAGUCCACCAUUAAUGCCUCUUUAUCUAAGUACUGUGAUUGUAGCACAUAGAGCAACAGAAAUUUUUAAUACUACACCAGAUAUGGGUCAUACACAUAAAGUUUUAUGUACUCUGCCUGAUGAUUUACCUUUUGAGAAACUACUUGUUGAAGCUAAAAAUUUAUAUCGUCAAUAUCCUCCUGAAUCUAUAAAUAACGACGUUAGAGAAUACGACCAAAAACGAAAAUUUAAAGAACAAGAAUGGAAAGCAAAAGCAGAAGCAAGUCGUCAAGAGAGAGAAAAACAACGUCAACUUAGAAUUGUGCAAUUAGUACCAAGGAUACCAUACCGUAUCAGAAGCUACAAAACAAUCACAGUAGUAACAAUUUUGGCCUUAGGAUUAUAUGCCUUUUUAAGAUCUUCAUCUGGCCUUAACUGACAUUAAAUAAAUUUAAUCUAUUUAAAUAAUAGAUUGAUUUAUGUGUCCUAUAAGCAAAAUUCCAUUUUAUUUAUAUACCAUUAGCUUGGUAAAUAAUAAAAUAAAUUAUUGGGCACACAAAUAUAGUGAAAUAAUAAUAUCAUAAAAUCGUUGAUAUUAUUAUAAAUCAGCGAUUAAAUGAAUUUAUUUCUGAAUGUAUUUCUGAAUAAGGAGCAUCUUGAGCAUUCCUAUGCUGCCUUUAUGCUGUGUUCUUUAAAGUUGACAUGAAUAUUUUGUGCACAUUUAUUUAGUGUCAAAAAUAAGUGUAAACAAAGACUUUUCAAGAUAGGUGAACGUGAGUAAGAGGAAGCAUACAAAUAUGCUUGCAAAAUAAAAAUAUCUAUAUGUAUAUUUUGAAACAUUAAAAAAAAUUUUUAACGUGAAAGAUA